AUGAUUUUUAGUGAAGUUUUAUCAAUUUUAAGAUUAGAAUUAAUAGAUAUUUAUUCGGAAACGUUCGAAGAAUCACCUGAUAAUAGUGCAUCUAAAAAAGAAGAGCAUUUAAGAAAAAUAGAAUCCGUUAUAUUGAAAGUCGUUAAAGAAAUUUCUAGAAAUCAAAUUCCUUACUUCGAGACAAUUUUACAUACGGAUUGUAGCAAUUGUUACUUCGAUGGCAGAAUAAAAUUGAAAAAAGAAAAGUUAAAAAUUAUUAAAAUUAAUUUUGGAAAAGGUAAUUGUCGUUCGAAAUUUGCCACCAUAAUGUACUUAUUAUCUAAAAUACAUAAAUUAUUAACUACUGGUCAAGUAUCUACUCGAAGAGAAUUAUAUUAUAAAAAUUUGAAAAAUUUUAAAUCGCAAAGAGAUGUAGACAUUGCAAUAAAAGACAUUAGUUAUAUUUUGAAUGCUCCACCUUGGGAAUUGGGAGUUUUAGCAACAUCUAAAGGAAUGGUGUCUGGACCCUUAUUGCUUCAUUUAAAAAAUGGUCAAGUUUUAAAUUGCAACAUAAAGGAAGGUGUAUCUGUUCCCAUAAAUGUUUCUGAUGUGGAAAAUUUAACUUCUACAGCAAAAUGGAUGCUAAUUAUAGAAAAAGAUGCAUCUUUUCAAACUUUGCUUGAUUCUUCAGCAGUAGAAAAAUUAGAUUCUUGCAUACUUAUAACUGGAAAAGGUUUUCCUGAUGUGAAUACUCGCAUGUUGGUUUGUAAAGUUUGGCAAAAAUUACAAAUUCCAAUAUUAGCAUUGUGUGAUGCUGAUCCCUAUGGUUUUGAAAUAAUGUGCGUAUAUCGUUUUGGAUCUGUUUCUAUGUCAAACCUUGCUGAUUCUCUUGCGUGUCCAUCAAUACGUUGGCUUGGCAUUCAUCCUAACGAUAUAAAACCUUUAUUGUUAAAUUCGCAAACCUUAUCUGCAAACGACAUUAAAAAAAUUAAAAAUGCCAUGAAUAGAAGUUACGUUCAAAAAAAUUUUAAUUUAAUAAAUCAGCUUCAAACGUUUCUUAAAGAAAAUAGAAAAGCAGAAAUUGAAGAAAUUUCUAAUAUUUCUCCCAAUUUUUUAAUUGAUGUUUAUUUAAAAAAUAAAAUUCAAUGCAAAGAAUAUUAUUAA